GUAUGCAAGGGGCCCAAAUAGUGGCAGCUUGGUGGACAUGGGCUUCGAGCCCAUGACCUUCUGAUCAGUAGUCCAACGUCUUAACCACUAAGCUGCGACAUCCCUGCAGAUCCCUGCAUUGAUGGAGGUUCUACAGUAUAGCAGAAAUCUCAGAAGCUUGGGAAAGGUUAACGUCCAGCUAGUCACUGAGUGAUGGCUCCACCAGGCAAACGUGCCCCUCGUAGAGAGGAUUUUGUGCUGGAGCUAGCUUGUGAGUGGGGUUCGUGCCAGGAGACCUUUGGUGGGAUGGAGGAGUUCUGCCAGCAUGUGGAAACUCAUUAUCAAGACCUUGCUGCAGAGAGCGAGGACCCGGAUAUACCAGAGGAGGUACAUAGCUGCCUGUGGCAGGACUGUGGCUUCUGCUCAGUGGAGUGUGAUGGAGAGUUGUUGAGGCACAUGCUCUUUCACUGCUACCACACCAAGCUGAAGCAGUGGGGAUCAGCUAUGCUCAAGGCUCAUUCGGACACGGGCAACUGUUCAGUGGGUCUCCAAAAUCGCAACAUUGUGCCUGAGGUCCAGGAGAGCUUCCUCUGUCUGUGGGAGCACUGUGAGACGAAUAUGGAUAAUCCUGAGUGGUUCUACAGGCAUGUAGAGAUGCAUGCACACUGCCUAGAAGUCAAUAAGGAGAACGUACUGUUCUGUGGCUGGAAAGACUGCGAGGCCUCGUUUAAGGGCCGGUUUAAAUUGCGUGAGCACAUGCGGAGUCACACUCAGGAGAAGCUGGUUGCGUGUCCAACCUGCGGUGGGAUGUUUGCCAACAACACCAAAUUCUUCGACCACAUCAGACGACAGACCUCGAUAGAGGGACAAAGGUUUCAGUGCUCUCACUGCUCAAAGCGCUUUGCCACUGAGAGGCUGCUGAGAGACCACAUGAGGAAUCAUGUAAACCAUUAUAAGUGUCCACUGUGUGACAUGACCUGUCCCUCGCCAUCCUCCCUGAGGAACCACAUCAAAUUUCGCCACAGCAACGAGAAACCCUACAGCUGCGACUACUGUGAAUACAGCUGCAAGAACUUGAUAGAUUUGCGAAAGCAUCUGGAAACGCACAGCAGUGAACCGGCUUAUCACUGUGACUUUGCCGAUUGCGAUUACUCCACCCGCUCGCUGCACUCUAUCAAAAACCACUACAAACGUGUACAUGAGGGAGAUUACACUCCACGUUAUAAGUGCCAUGUGUGUGAGCAGUGUUUUACCAGAGGGAAUAACCUCACGGCACACCUGCGCAAAAAACACCAGUUCAAAUGGCCUUCGGGGCAUCCCAGGUUCAGAUACAAGGAGCACGAGGACGGUUUCAUGCGGCUGCAGCUGAUCCGCUACGAGAGCGUGGAAUUGACCGAGCAGCUGAUGCGCGAGCGUCAGGGAGAAGGAGACAGCAGUGAAUCUGUCCCUCAAACGCAGUGUCUUCAAUCUGUUGAAGAGUCAGGAGAAACUGAGCUCCCUGUAAGCGCAGAUGAGGAGAACACCAAGGUGAACACAAGAAGGGAUCGAGAAAGAGACUACAGAACGCAAGAAGAUCAAGGGAAUGUGUUGAUGGACCACACAAGUGGUGCUUCAUUCUCAGAAAUGGAUUCAAAUAGGGAAGAGUCUGUGAUGCGACAAUUACAGGAUACAGCUAAGAAGCUGGGUAUGGAGGUGGUCUAACUCUAAGUCUUUUACGACUUAUGCACUAGAACAAACUUGUUUUCUCCUCAGAACUGUGUGUGUGCGUGCGUGCGUGUGCCUGCGUGCGUGCGUGCGUGAGUGCGUGUGCGUGCGUGUGUGUGCGUGUGUGUGCCUGCGUGCGUGCGUGUGCGUGCGUGUGCGUGCGUGUGCGUGCGUGUGCGUGCGUGCGCGUGAGUGCGCGUGAGUGCGCGUGAGAGUGCGUGAGAGUGCGAGAGUGUGUGUGAUUGACUGAGUAAGUGUGUUAACAAGCUUAUAUUUUUUAUUUGAUUUUAGCUCAGACAUGAGGCAGACGGACGAUUCGUUUCUACCACGUUCAGCACACUGUACAGUUUUCCACAACAGUUGUUUUUGGUUUGAUAUUAAAGGUUCAGUUUGUAAAGUGUUUCUAGACCUACUUUAAACAUAUUUUAAAAGGAUCUUAGUGAUUCCCAUAUUCAUCUUAUUGUCUUGUAAUGAUGCUUUUGUUUGCAUUCAGGUCAGUUGCCUGAAGAACCUGGCAGGCAGUGUUGGACUCUAAAGGUUACAAACUGCUCCUUUAAUUGCAAGUAUACUACUGUUUAACUCCAAUAGCUCGUUUACAGCAAGGAGUGGUUACUAAUUUGAUUCUAGUGCUAUCUCUAACCAGUGAUGUGCGGAGAGAGAAAAAGAUUUCUUCUCUGGAGAACGCAGGGUGCUGACGUCAUUCUCCACACAAGGGUAGCGUUACACAAACAUCUGAGUCUUUAUUUAAACAGACAGAAAUCAGCCAACCAAAUCAGAUUGUCUAUUAAAAUAUAGGAUCGGAAUGAGGAUACUAUUAAAUUUGCCCUAAAUAAUGA